UUUCCCUUUUUUUUCUCUCUUGAAAUGCUCCACUGUGUAUAACACAACAUACUUAGUUUUCAGAGAGAGAGAGAGAGAAGAGAGAGAGAGAGAGAGAGAGAGAGAUGAGAAAGGAGUGUCAUCCUUUGUUGAGUGGAGGGAGAAGAUCAGGAAAAUACAGUCAUGGAUUCUCUUCAGCUGAGAUGCAGUCUUUGGCAAGUGUUUGUGAGGCUCUAUUGCCUGCUUUGCCAUUAAAUGAUUUUUGUUUUGAAGGGAAGGAGGAACAACGGACAAAUAAGGCUGUUCAGUCCUUCCACAAGGCUUCUGGGGCUCAAACUCCAAUCCCUGAUGAGGUUGCAGAACUACUGGUGAAGAGGGCCUUUAUAGAAGCUGUGGUGUUGGUUCGAGUGGUUUUAUGGGUCCUGUCUACUCGGUUGGGGACCCUACUGCUUUGUGGCUCGCUUUGUUUUGGCGAGAGAUGGCCCUUCAUUCUCAACUUUUCAAGUUUGCCGUUGGCGAAAAGAGAGAGGCUGCUGCAGAAGUGGUUCAAGCACAGGUUUUUGACCCCCAUUAGGCUUGCAUUUGUUUACAUCAAGUUCCUUUGCCUCUACAUUUUCUUCUCUCGGGUUGAUAAAAAUGCUGAAAACCCAAUAUGGCAAGCCAUUGGAUAUCAUGUAGACAUUGAUGAUCAGAACAUCCCAACAGCCCCAAAAGAGAGACCUCUUCAGAAGGGAAUGAUAGAAACCAUUUAUGAAACUGACACUACCCUCCUGCACUCCCUUGCUGAAAAAGGCCUCACAGUCAGACAUGACCCCCAAGAGAACCUUUACAAGAUCAAAUGUGAUGUUGUAGUUGUUGGCUCUGGUUGUGGAGGAGGUGUUGCAGCUGCUGUUCUUGCAAGUUCUGGCCAGAAAGUCAUUGUUCUUGAAAAAGGAAACUAUUUCACUCAUUCAGAUUAUUCUUCUUUGGAAGGUCCUUCCCAGGAUCAAAUGUAUGAGUUGGGAGGUAUUUUUGCAACUAUUGAUGGGAAAUUGGUGAUCCAGGCCGGAUCAACGGUUGGUGGUGGCUCUGCUGUUAACUGGUCAGCCUGCAUCAGAACACCAGAUAAUGUGCUUGAGGAAUGGGCUAAGGAUCAUGAUAUCAGAUUCUUUGGAGAACCUGAAUAUGUUUCUGCAAUGGAUACUGUGUGUGAGAGAAUUGGUGUUACAGACAAUUGUGUAGAGGAGGGAUUCCAAAAUCAAGUGCUUCGGAAAGGGUGUGAAAAUCUGGGCCUUGGAGUUGAUUUUGUGCCUCGAAAUUCAUCGGAGAAGCAUUAUUGUGGAUCUUGUGGUUAUGGCUGCAGAAAAGGAGAGAAAAAGGGGACGGAUUCUACAUGGCUGCUAGAUGCUGUGGAUCAUGGUGCAGUGAUCUUAACUGGAUGCAGAGCUGAGAAAUUUGUAUUGGAGAACAUCAAAAGUGGAAGUUUAAGGAAAAAGAAAUGCUCCGGAGUAAUGGCAAAAAGUUUAAGCAACAAUAUAAGUAAAAAGUUGCAAAUUGAGGCCAAAGUGACAAUCUCAGCAUGUGGAGCUCUUUUGACACCCCUUUUAAUGAUCUCUAGUGGACUCAAGAACAAGAACAUCGGUCGAAAUCUUCAUCUCCACCCUGUUUUAAUGGCCUGGGGAUACUUUCCUGAAUCAAAUUCAGAGUUCAAGGGUAAAAUCUAUGAGGGUGGAAUAAUUACAUCGGUGCAUAAGGUGGCCUCAGCUGACUCCAAGUUAAGAGCAAUCAUCGAAACGCCUGCAUUAGGGCCUGGAGCAUUUUCUUCUUUGUGCCCUUGGGAGUCUGGGGAAGACAUAAAGAAAAGAAUGCUGAAGUAUGGAAGAACUUGCCAUUUGAUUUCAAUUAUCAGGGAUAGAGGUUCGGGGAUAGUUAUGAAAGGAGGAAGAGUAAGCUAUGAGUUUGAGGCAUCAGACAAAGAGAACUUGGAGGCUGGUUUGAGGCAGGCGCUUAGAAUCCUGAUAGCAGCAGGAGCAGUUGAAGUUGGCACUCAUCGGAGUGACGGGCUGAGAAUCAAAUGUAAAGGGAUUGAAAAGGAGAAACUAGAGGAAUUUCUAGACAUGGUCUCUGCAGAGAAAGGGCCACAGUCACUGGUAGAGAAUUGGACAACCUAUUCCUCAGCUCAUCAGAUGGGGAGCUGUAGAAUGGGAAUCAAUGAAAAAGAAGGAGCAGUUGAUGAGAAUGGGGAGAGUUGGGAAGCAGAAGGCCUUUUCGUCUGUGAUGCUAGUGUUCUGCCUAGUGCUGUUGGUGUCAAUCCCAUGAUCACCAUCCAAUCAACUGCUUACUGUCUCUCAAAGAGAAUAGCAGGCUCUUUAAAAAAGAAACAGUCUAGUAAAGUUGAUUGAUGCCUUGUUCUGAAGGUUUGCAGAGACACAUACACAAGACACUGAUUGAUAGCAAACUUCUAAAUUAUCAUGUAUUAUAAUGUUUUAGCAGGUGCAUAUAAGUGCUCCAAUAUUUAUUUGGAUGUAUACUUAUUUAAAGAUGGAAGCUUUCUUUUCCAAUGCAUGCAGAGCUUGGUAAGAUUCAAAUUAUAUCCUAUACUACUACCUUAUGGGAA